CCUUUUGAUGAGCAGAGCUUCACGACUGAAAACUAGUUGUCUCCCAUCCUUUCGAAGAUCAUGCAAGAUCCCGAGUUGCCUCUCUUACUGAUCAAUGAAGUAGGUGGCACCCUUGGCGUCUUAGAAGCGCAUGUGCCAUUUCUGAAGAAACACUUUCAACUUAUCACCAUGAAGGAAUUCCUCGAAAGCAAAGAAUACUAUGGUGCUAAAGUCAAAGCUAUUUUCUCGUGGUGGCAUAAGCCAGUCAUCGACCGUGAGCUGUUGGAAAGUCUGCCUAACUUAAAAGUGAUUUCAAGUGCAGGAGUGGGUACCGAUCACUUGGAUUUGAAGCUGAUCUCUGGGUUUGGAGUGAGAAUUGCCAACACUCCUCAUGCUGUCCAGAGCACUACAGCAGACGUUGGCAUGGCCCUGCUGCUGGCAGCUGCUAGAAGACUCGUAGAAGGUUGCCAGGCUGCUGUUUCCCCUGACACAGACUAUUUUUCUAAUAACUGGUUAGGAGAGGAAGUCACUGGGGCAACUCUGGGUAUCAUUGGAAUGGGAAGCAUUGGGUAUAAAAUUGCUCAGAGAGCCAGAGCUUUUGAGAUGAAAAUUCUUUAUCAUAACAGGAACAGAAGGAAAGAAGACGAAGAACAGGCUGUGGGUGCCUGCUAUUGUGGGGCAAUAGAAGACUUGCUCCAGCAGUCAGAUUUUGUGAUGCUGGUUGUAAAUCUGACACCUCGGACAUACAAACUGAUUGGGAAAAAAGAGUUGCAGCUGAUGAAACCCACAGCUAGCCUUAUAAAUAUCUCUAGAGGGCAAGUUGUAGACCAAGAUAUGCUUGUGGAAGCUCUUCAGACUGGUGUUAUUAAAAGUGCCGCUAUGGAUGUCACUUAUCCUGAACCGCUGCCCAGAAAUCAUCCGUUACUAAAAUUAAAAAAUGUUAUCAUAACACCACAUGUCGGUUGUAAAACACACAAAACUGCUUUCAUGAUAACAGAGGAAGCAGUAAGCAAUGUACUGGCAGCUCUUAAUGGUCUCCCAAUGCCCAGUGAAGUGUUUCCUGACUAAAUUUGUGGGCUAUCAUCCAACAUAGCAACAUGGAACUAUUCUACAUUUUUCCUCUAGUGCAAGAAACAUAUUGACAUGUAUAAAUUCAACCCGAAUCUCAUGCCUCAUGCAGCAGUGUUUGUUCUGGACUGAAGACACAAAACAAGCCAAUAGGAGAUUUCAUAUUUUGUUAACUCCUCAUCAUAGUUAUAGUAGAUAUGUCCUUUGUUACCAUUUCACACAAUUAAAUUUCGAACAGUGCUUGCUCGUUAAUAUGAAAGACUGUUGUGAAAAUUUCUAUGCUUGCAUUUUAAAUGUUAUAUACAAUAUUUAUA